GAGUUGAUAAAUCUCCCUCUAGUGGAUAUAUGAGAACCGUUCCCUCUCACUUACGACUCUAAGAUGGAUUCCCAAGGUUAGUGCGCUGACUAUCUCUCUCUCCUGAGUGAGUCUCCUUGGUGUCUCUCACUCAAGAUGCGACACAAAGAUGAAGUCUCCAGGGAUCGUUAACUGUGUUUUUCCUACUUAACUGGUGACGUGAGAACGGCAUUUCACUGCCUCACUUAUGAUGUGGCGCAGUGAUGGAUUCUCAGUGGUUCGUUAGCAGUGUUUUUUUUCCUUAACUGGUGACGUGAGAACGACAUUAACUGCGUCACUAAACUUACGACGUAAAGAUGGAUUCUCAUUGGUUUAUGAGGGAGCAGCUUGGAGGAGGGAGUAAAGUCAGAAUGAUGGUGACGCUGGUGGCAGUUGAUGGUGACGUUGGUGGCAGUUGAUGGUGACGUUGGUGGCAGUUGAUGGUGACAGGUGACGUUGAUGGUGACAAGUGAUGGUAGCAAGAGACAGGAAGUGUGAGGAGAUUGCGAGUGAGUGAGGAGAUCAGUGAAGACACGCGAGAGAGAGAGAGAGAGAGAGAGAGAGAGAGAGAGAGAGAGAGAGAGAGAGCCACCAAUCACUACAGGAAGAUCACCACUGGGAGAUCAAUAGAGACACACCUCCUUGAAGACCCAACACGGAGAGAAAGAUAUGGUGAUAAUAUUGAUGCUCUGAAGGUGACCAUUAUAAGUAGCAUAAGAGGGGAGGAGAGCAGUGAAGUGUUAUGAGGGAACUGGUAAACACACACCCAAGAGUUCCACCAAAUGACUUCUUCACUCUCCAGGGUGAUGUGUUGUUGAGAGGUGAAGUUCUUGUAUAUAGACGCACCUCAUGUUUAGUAAGAUAAAGGUGUUUCAUUUAGUGCUACAUUGUGUGGUGAAGGAGUUAAGGACAACCUCGUAGGAACUUGAGCUUGUUGUGGGAGGUGAAGGAUGACGGAGGCGAUGACGGUGCAGGGAUGUGACAAUCAGCACCCCCGCUCUGGUUCCUCUCCACCUCAGGACACAGUGACCCUAACUCAAUGCCUCCCACACGCCUCCACACGCCACCAAGCGCACGCCUCGCCUGGUUCAAGUCAAGUGUGUUCCCCUGGAGACAGCGUGGGGAUUCAACAAGUGGAUCCUGAAGUUUGUUGUGAAAGCCGAGCAGUUUUAAGAUUCAGUGAUGGUGGUCGAAAUAUCCCGAGUGGUGUUGAUUUACCGGAACCAGAAACGUGUGACACAGCUCAGAUGAGUCCUGGAGGUGAGCAAGUGUCCCGGGAGUGUGGUGAUGGUACAGGUGAGCCUCGGGCAGACUCUGGACCUAGUCAGGAUCACGCAGGACGCUCUACAACUUGUGGGGAACAUAACAGGAGUUUCGACAACUUGAGUGCAAUAGAAACAGCGUCUGGGACCUGUACCAGCUGCGAUAACAAUACUAUUAGCCCGCAAAUCGUCGUAAGACCAGAGGACAACGGCUCACAGGUGAGGUCUGGUCUGACCCACGAGACCCUCUGGCGGAGCGACAGCUGGGAGUCGUGUAGCACCACCAGCUCCGGGUACAGCGACGACAGUGUGCGGAGUGACGACUUAUCGCACGACUCAGAAAACGACAUCUUCAUUGACUGUGGCCACGACGACUUCCCCUUCUGCCAGUGUCUAAACGAGAAGGUAGGCGGUACGUCCAGCUUCCACUGUGAGCACGAUGACUUCCCCUUCUGUGACUGCCUCGCCCAGGCCGCCGCUAAGAAACAUAAGUCUCUCCGCUACGGCUCCCCGCGGGGUGAAAGACGACGCCAACGCGGUUACAUAAGGCCGUCUCUCAGUGCUUUCCGAGACGCUGGCCUUGAAGUCUUCGACGAGACAGAAGAGUCCGACUUCCAAGAGUCCGAGACCGAGGCCGACACAACGCGAGGACACGGCACAGACGUUGACUCUGACUACACGGCCGGCCUGGAGUCUGACGUGGAGGGAGCCGUGGGAUACACCGAACUUGACGCAGAUGAACCCUCCACUCCCUCGACGGGUCUUCUGGCGCCUCCUGGUCUCCCGGGGGUCCGUCGGGCGUCCAUAGUCACCAGCAACAGUCGAAGAGGAUCUAUCCAGGCGACGCCGGAGCCCGUGAAGGUGGCGGUGUUCGGCAGUGAUGGCGUUGGCAAGUCCGCGCUGAUCGUGCGGCUCCUGACGGGGAGGUUUAUAGGAGAGUACGACCCCACCAUGGAGGCUGUGUACAACUACCUGGUCCCUCUACCCGGCCACGACCUCCCCCUGCAGGUGAUGGACACAGCCGGCCAGAGUCAGUGUGUGUUGUUUACAGACCACUCAGAAGGAGGAUGUAGGCCCAGCACCAGGGAGAACAAGACCACAGGCAGUCUUAGCGAGAGUCAACAGUGGCAUUAUAAAAUUAUCUAACAUCAGGUAGAGUCCACAGAAAGCUUUGGCGGAGAAUUCUCACAAGCUCGAGCCAAGAGAUGUGUCAUAUGUUGGACUAAAGGGAGACAUCUGGGCUUGGUGGGGGAGGGGGGGUACUGCUCAGUUCGAUCCGCUUUACAGUAUACAUUGUCACUUCUCAGAGUCGCUACAUCCUGUAUCUCACAAACAUCAACAAACAGUGUCCUAUAACACCAUGUUUAAGUAUCCGUGACAAAUGUUUGGUAAUCUUAGUGCUCAAUAUACAAUAUUAUGGACUCCUAUUUUUUCCCCAUUUUCUUUUAUUUCCAUUAGCGGAUACUAUGAUAGAUGAAAGCGGUAAAUUAUUGAUAAUGUUAUCCCUCGACACAGAUAGACAGAUAUUCAGCAAAACUUCCAGACUGGUUCACAUUGAUCCAGCAUAGACAGUGUAUAGGUGUCCAGAUAAUGACAAAG